AUACACCACUACACUAGGCCAGGCAUAUUUCAAUUUUAAAAUAAAAAUGUUUAUUUUCAAGUUGGUCGUUAGUGAAAAUGUUCAAAAACUCGCUAAUUUCCAACAAAUACGAUAUAUGCCAAGGUGGUCAAGUAGAACACCUAAAAGAGUGUAUUAUCCUGAAGAAAUGGAAAAAGAUGUUGAGAUGGAAUUAAUUCCUAGCAAAGAUAAAAAGGAACCACCACAAAAGUCUGAUUAUCCCAUUAGUUUUAGUUUCAACUCCAAACAAAUGAAAUCUGAACAAAGAAUGCCUACCCUACGAAAAAUGAAGAAACAAAAAGAAUCCACAACGGAUAUGUUAGAAACCAUAAUAGAUGGUGAUGGUAAUAUUAUAUUCACGAAAAUGAAAGAUAAUGACCCCAGGGUUGCGAGGGUGCUAUCAAAUUUGAAGUCAGCAAAAUCUCUUAAAAAACAAGAAUCUUUCCUUGUGGAAGGGAAAAGACUCAUAAGUGAAGCUCUCAAAUCCGGUUGUAAAUUGCAAUAUAUAUUGUUCAGUAGAAAAGAUGAUGUCGAUGAAAUAAAACCUGAUUUGCCUAAAUUAGGUGCUCAACUCUAUAAAAUGCCAUAUAAUGAAAUGCAGAUGUGGUCAGAGUUGACAACUAGUCCAGGAAUAAUGGGAGUGUUCAAAAUACCUGAUGUGGGGGAAACUAAAUACUCUCUACCUGUGAAUAUUAUUUGUGAUAAUAUACGGGAACCUGGAAAUCUAGGCUCCAUUUUGAGAACAUGUGCAGCAGUAGGAUGUAAAAGUGUCAUUUUAACCAAAGGUUGUUGUGAUGUCUGGAAUAGCAAAGUAUUGAGAGGAGCAAUGGGGGCCCAUUUCAAAAUAAAAAUCGAAAAAUUGGACUGGAAAGAGAUAGAACAAAAUGUAAACACCACCUCUUGGUUUAUAGCAGACAAUAGUUUAGUAAAAACAUCUAAAAACUCAUCUAUGAUCUUGGAUACAAUAAACGAGAUUCCUAUGGAAGCCUAUGAUGAGCUAAAAUACAUAGGCACGCAAGAAAUGUCCUUGAUUAUUGGGGGUGAAACUGAAGGAGUAAGCCAAGAGGCUUAUUCUCUUGUGCAUUCUAAAGGUGGCUUAAGAAUAAACAUACCGUUGGGAAAUAAUGUUGAAAGUUUGAAUAGCAGUACUGCCUUGGGUGUGUUAUUAUUUGAAAUGAGGAGACAAAUAAAGACUUCAUGAUAA